UAAUGUUGCUGUUUACUAUAGCACGUUGUUUUCGGAAAUCCAUACAUUUCGAUUGUGCGUACAACGAUUUAGUUUCAAAUUCUAUUCAAAAUAAUAUCGAAAAUCCAGAAAGAUGCCAAAACUACGUAAAUUGCGAAAAGCGAAAAAGUUUCGUUACAAUGUGAAUCGUAAACGAUUAAACAAACAGAAACUGAGCACCGGACAAAUCAAAUGUAAGGAAAUCAAAAAUGUUUGGGAGGACCGAAAAACGAUAACAGCCAAUUUGAAAGAUAUCGGCUUGGGCUGGGACCCGAAUAAAAUCAUUAAAAUUCCAAAUGCACAUGCGGAACGUGUGCAAGUAAUCAAGAAAAUGCAUGGAUUUGUCGAAGAAGAAAACACCGUCGAGCCAAAGCCAGUGAAUCGGUCAAAAGGAUUUGUUAUGGAACAAAUGGAAGCCGAUGCUAAUGCUCUUCGAGAAUCGAAUUUCAGAUUACCAAAAGGUGUCGUUGCUCAUAUCACUUACAUGAUGGACAAGCACAAAUUGAACUAUAAAGCCAUGGUACUUGACCAGAAGAAUUAUGAUCAGUGGACAUGGAAACAGUUCAGAGCGAAAUGCCGAAAAUUGAUGUCGAUUCCCGAGCAAUUUGAGAACUAUCUUCAAAGCAGAAAUCUGGAUGAAAACUCAUUCGAUUGGAUUGAAUAUGAGUCGGACAGUGAAAUAUAAGUGUUUCCAUUUAAUUAGAAUAAAAUAAAAUAAAUUUAAACUGAA